CGCGGGGCUGUAUCGAUCUGCCGACAGUUCGCAAUUGGAGCUGUGUUCUUUUAUCGUCAUCAUCAUCUUCGUUGAGCUCUGUAGCUGGCUAGCAGAGAGCGGAAACUUCGAGGAAUUCUGGUCCUGGAAAGUUUGUCAACCGGAGAUCGCAUCAGAAGCUUUUUAUCGCGAUGGCUGAUAUAGCGUCCCCGGGAUCCGCGAGACCCGAUGCUGCGUCCGGUGGAGAUCAGCAGCGUCAAGCUAAUCAAGGCCCGAAGAGUCUGAAACAGAUUUUUGUUGACUUCGUUGAAAAACAUUUUGACUCCUUGUUGUGGAUAUCGAGGAUGAGCACGAUUAUGUUCACAGUUUUAUACUUCCUCGGGGGCCCAUCUUCCUACUACCAGAAAGCUCUCAUGACGAACGGGGUCACCUCUGCCUUGCGGCUUCAUCAGAGAAUCCCCGAGGUCAGACUGAACGUCCAGUUCCUGGCUCGACUCGUCACCGAGGAUUCGUUCCAUUACCUUUUCUAUUCGUUUUUCUUCCUCCUUUUGUCUUCACCCGUGUCCGUGAUGGUUCUGGUGCCGCCGCUCCUUUUCGCAGUUCUGCACUCGGCGAGUUUCUCGAUCAAACUGCUCACGAAAGCUGGAUUGCAGAACUCUAAGUUCGCUGACAUUCUCCGCACCAUCUACCUCGUACAUCGCGUUUCGUUAUUUCAAAUCAUCGCAAUGACGGAGAUUAUGCUGAUGGUGAUACUUAUCAUCGGGGUUUUCACGGGCCGCAUGAUGCUGAUGGCUCCCUUCAUCUACUACCGCUUCCUGUCUCAGCGUUAUGCCUCAAAUCGCAACCCAUACAGUAGAUACGUUUGCCGAGAUCUCAGGGUACAGCUAGAAAGCGCCGCGCGCCAUCGGAGCUGUCCGCCAUUCAUAUCGAGAGCUAUCUUCGCUUUCACCAUGUUUGUCUCUUCGCGAGCACCGGUCGUCACGCCCGCUCAACACCAACAAUAGGGAAUAAACUUAUGGUCAAUGAGUGAUUAAGAAUUCGUCGCCGACGGAACAUGCUCCGGUAUCCAGCGGUUCUAUGUGCAACAUUUUCAAGCAUGCUCUCUUGCCGCCGGAGAACAUUCGUCGGAAGAUCAUGUCCUGCAGGAAGGUGUUCUAAACUGGUGCUGUCAAUGGAAUGAAUCGAAGCAGGUACCCCAUCCCGAUCGUAUAAAAGUUUAAUCCUUGACGCAACGGCUGCCCUAGUUUAUCCGUUCGUCGCUCUGAAAUGGUUUUGUGAGAUCGCGAAUCGGUGCAGAUAUCUUCGGAAGAACAAGUGAGGCCGCACGAGUCGAUUUCUGAGGAUUUCUCCUGGGAAAAUCGCUCAUCCGAUUGUCAGAUUACUUUGGGGGCUGAUUGUCGAAAUGUUCAAUUUGAGAUGGCCCAGUAUCCUAAAUGGUAUAUUAGGUAUGGAGGCUCGUGAUCGACGACUGCGAUCUCUGCUCCUCGAGGAACCGCGGAAUUGACCAUUCCAUAGGGUUGCUGAACGAUUUCAGCAAGUGUCGUGUCACGCUCUCGGCGCCCAAUUGCUCCCAUCGAUGCAUUUUCCGAGCGGUGGAUCACGCGGUUCGUUCCACCGAUGAAGCGAGUCGAGAGGUCGAGGAAGCAUUUGGGAUCUUGCCCGGUAUCUCGAUCCAGGGAGGAUGAAGUCUCACCGAGAACAACGACGGCACUUCGGAAUUCAGAAGAACACGCUCCAGUUUCCCGAAAAACACGCACUCUCUGCAUGAGCUUACCGGCGUCCGGUUUUAUGCGACGGUGGUUCCUGAAAUUUAUCAUACCCGUCAUCAGAAUGAGGGGAAUGAAACACUACGAGAAUAAAUUUUUUAUUUGAUCUAUCGAGUGAGAAA